AUGUCCUCAGAGGAGAACGCUGUGGUGUGGUACAGUCUGCUGCCGGGUCCCGGCUAUGAGCUCUUCAGCAUCAACCCGUACACCGGCCUGAUUACCACCACCUCCUACCUGGACAGAGAGCAGCAGCAGCAUUUUACUCUCAGAGUCCAGGCUCGUGACAGCAGCGCUCGGCCACUUUCGAGCACGACGACGGUGAUGUGCUCUGUGCUGGACGACAACGACAACCCCCCAGAGUUCAUGCAGUCAUCCUUCCGCAUCAGCAUCCCGGAAAACCUUCCUCCUGGGGUCAUCCACACCGCCCAGGCCUCUGACCCAGAUCAUGGAGAAAAUGGCACCAUUCACUACUCCAUAGUUGGUGAGGACUACAGAGGUCGGUUCACCAUCAACAGUCACACCGGAGCCAUUAGCACCACACAGGUCCUUGACCGGGAGGAAAUGCAGAAUUACACACUCACCAUCCAGGCCCGUGACUAUGGCCCCACCCCACUCAGCUCCUUCACCCAGCUCCAUCUGGUGCUGCUGGACCAGAACGAUAACAUCCCUUCCUUUACCCGCAAGAACUAUCAUGCCUCUAUCAGCGAGGGCCUCCCCGCAGGAGCUGAAGUCCUGCGUGUAAGUGCGUCGGAUCCUGACGAAGGGUCUAACGGGGAAGUGACCUACUCCCUGACAGAUGAUAACAGCCAAGGGGCCUUUUUAAUCGACGCCUUCACGGGAGCGAUCCGCACCACCAGGUCUCUGGACCGAGAGAGCAGAGCUCAGUACAGCCUCAGAGCUGUCGCUACCGAUGGAUGCACUCAGGGACCGCUGAGCUCUUUGGCGUCGGUCACCAUACAGGUGGAGGACGUGAACGACAACAUGCCGGUCUGUGAGCAGACUCCCUUCAACGCGUGGGUUUCCAUGAGGACGCUGGCGAACCAGAUAGUUACCACAGUGACAGCAGCAGAUGGGGAUCAGGGUGAGAAUGGGACGAUACAUUAUGCGUUAUCAGACGAGGAGAAUCUGUUUGACAUCAACACAGAGACUGGAGAGAUUUCGCUGAGAAGACGAGUGAGAGCGGGUUUCUCUGGGAGGAAGCUGCAAGUUGUCGUUUCAGACAGAGGACAUCCUGCUCUGACCUCUACCUGCCUGGUUUUUAUCCAUCUGAAGGGAGAACACGAAGGACUGCAGUUCACAAGCAAAGUCUACAACGCCAGUGUCAAGGAGAACAGCAGAGCUGGCACUUGGAUUGCAAAGGUGGAGGCCAACGACCAAAGCAGCAGCAGACAAAGAAUAACAUACACCAUAUUUAGCGGCGACGAGAACCAGGUUUUCUCCAUUAACCGUCACACUGGUGAAAUCCGAGUGCAGAAGGAUUACUCUCUGGACUUUGAGGUGAACCCCCACAUCCAGCUGGUGGUGCUGGCUGACAGUGGGCUGCAGACAGCUCACUGCAGGGUCUCCAUCACUCUGGUGGACAUCAAUGACAACGCACCACAGUUUGAACACAGCAGCUACAGGACAGCUGUCUGGGAGGGCCAAGUGCACAAUACCUACAUUAUGCAGGUGUUUGCCUCCGAUGCUGACAGCGGCAUGAACGGCCAGAUUGAAUACUCCAUUCUCUCUGGUAACCUUAAUGGAGCUUUCAUUUUGGACUCUGUACGAGGAAUCCUUGCAACCAAUGUUUUACUGGACCGCGAGAUCACUCCAUCAUACAAGCUGGUUCUACAGGCAGCAGACAGGGGGAAUCCUCCACUGAGCAGCACCGCCACCGUUAGGGUCCAAGUGGUAGAUGUCAACGACAACAGCCCUGCCAUUCCCCCCAUGGAUCCUGUGCUUAUAACUGAGAAUCUGCCAGCAGGAUACAUGGUGACCCAAGUGACUGCAAAUGACGUUGACCUGAGCUCGACUAUCACCUACAGCUUCUCAGACAACAGCAGCACCAAUAUUCCCUUUGCUAUCGACCGGUAUACUGGCGUCAUUACCCUGACUCGAGCCCUGGACUAUGAGGAGCAGACAGAGUACACUCUGACGGUCUGGGCAUCUGACUCAAUUCACCAGACCAAUGGAGAGGUUAAAGUUCAAGUGCUCGAUGUCAAUGACAACGCUCCAGCGUUCACCCAGGACUCCUACCAGGUGGAGUUAUCAGAGCUGGUCUCAGCAGACACGUUUGUCGUGUCCGUGUCAGCUACCGACAGAGAUUCUGAACUCAAUGGCAAGAUCAACUACAGACUGCUUUCAUCUCCCCUGCAAGGCUUUUACAUCCAGCCAGAGGAUGGGUCUAUUUUUACUAACAAGCCCUUAAAGGCCAUCACAAACAGCAACCUGAUCCAUCUUCUGGUUGAAGCAAGAGAUGGAGGAGAUCCUGUGCACUCCACCGUUACCUCCAUAGACGUGCUGAUUUUGGACACCAACGAUCACGAACCUUCGUUUUACCAGGACAUAUACACACUCACCGUCCCGGAGGACACGCCUAUAGACACUACCCUGCUGACUCUUUCUGCAGAGGACCAAGACUGGAGCCCUGAAAAUAGCUAUUUGGACUAUACCAUCACCGGGGGAAAUGAGGAGAAAAGAUUCUGUCUGGAAGUAAAAAUGGUUCAGAUUGAGAAUCAGAUUAAAAAUGUUGGAAAGCUUGUUCUUUGCAACGCUUUAGACCGUGAAACUACUGAGAGCUAUGCAUUAACAGUGAGCGUUUCUGAUCGAGGAAUGCCUCCACUGAACAGCUCUACCGUCGUCAUGGUGACUGUAACAGACUGCAAUGACAAUGUCCCUGUGUUUUCCAGCACAGAGUACCAUGCACAAGUAAGUGAAAACAGCCAGUUAGGUACCAAACUGGUCCAGGUCAGUGCCCACGAUCCCGACCUCGGAACCAAUGGCCUGGUGCGGUAUGAUAUAAUUUCUGGGAACAGUAAAGGUCACCUUAAGCUUGAUCCUCAGUCUGGCCUCUUAGUAGUCAACAACUCUCUCGACUAUGAAAAAGACUCGAAAUACAUCCUCACCAUCAGAGCAUCGGAUGGUGGCAAAUCAUCUGAAAACCAUAAAGUGGCAUUUACGAUUGUCUUCAUCGCGGUGUUGGAUGAGAAUGACAAUACCCCAUAUUUCAUGUUUCCUACAGUUAACUGUUCUGUGCUGGAGAACCUCCCUGCAUUUACCCAUGUAUGUUCUGUUCACGCUGUUGACAAUGACUUAGGCCCUUAUGGGCAGCUCACCUACUCUGUUAUGUCCUCCUGCUUCAUGAACUAUGGCAGCGGUAACCCAGAGAGGAAGGAGGCCUUUGCCAUCGAUCCCCUGACAGGCGACAUUCACACCAGACAAACCUUUGACUACGAACGAGAAAGCGAGUACUGUUUUAUAGUGGAAGCCAGAGAUAAAGGUGACAAAGCUGCUACAGUGAGAGUCCAAGUAAAUAUCAAGGGAGUGGAUGAAUUUAGUCCGGUCUUUACCCAGAAGCUCUAUCACUUUCUGUUGCCAGAAAACGUCAAGCCUGGUGAUACGGUCGGUUAUGUGAUGGCAAUGGACCAUGAUGGAGGUGUGGACGGGGUGGUGGAGUACUCACUUGUGAAUUCAUCACCUUUUUUCUCCAUUAACAGAACAAUUGGGGCUAUCUUUGUCUCUGGUCCUGUGUAUCAUAGGGCAGGCAGCCAGGACAUGGUAGAACUGGUUGUUUCUGCAGCUAGUCCCAGAUUAGGCUCCAGGACUACAACCUGCCUGGUUUUUGUCAAUAUCUCUAGUUCAGCUGAAGCACUAACUGGAGUCCCCCUGGAUACUCAUAUGCUCAGUUUGACUGUUUCAUUAAUCAUGUUUCUCUUUCUGCUUAUCCUUUUUGUGAGCUUGGUUCUCAGAUGUAAGCUCAAAGAUGCAGCCAUCAGAAAGGCUGCUGCCAUUGCUACACACUUGAGCCAUGGCACAAGCUCGCUCACGAGACAUAAUAACAAAACACAAAGUUCCAUGUCUUUGCAUGACAUUACACGCCCAAGCAUCAUGGUGACUAAAAUGGACAUCUCAAACCCAUAUAAUCCAUCAGACUCGAGCGGGCGAGGUUCAGCGGAAGGCGAGACAGCCGAGGACCAGGAGAUCAAGUGGAUCAACGAAUACCCCUGCCGUAAAAGAAACGAAUCUGCCCAGAAGUCCACAGAGAUCCCAGACUCUGCCUUACUAGGAGAUAAUAUCUCUUGCAGUUCCAUCGAUGUAGGACCAGAGCACAUCUUAUCAGUCAAUAAAUGUUUAGUCUCAGGGAUAGCCAGCACAGAAAGUCUCUACCACUUCAAAGAGGAAGGAGGCGGCGAGGGACUACUUCCUGGAAUACUCAGGAUGAGAGAUUUAAAGGAGAACAUGGGGAUAAAAGGGUUCGCCCCCCUUUCUGAAGCCCAGGCUUCUGCAGAUUCUCUCUCCUCGCUGGUGUUUCUAGACGAGGAGUUGCAAGGUAGCUACUGCUGGGACUACCUUUUGGACUGGGAACCCCGUUUCCAGACUCUAGCCUCCGUAUUUACUGAUAUUGGGAUGCUCCCUGAUGAGGAACUUGAAGGUGGCCGUGAGGACUUAGCAGCAGAAUCGAGUUGUCUCAUGUACCCACCACCUCUUAUAACAGGGGUAGCACAGCAGGGCAUAAGGACCGUUCCUCCACGAAAGCCAGGGCGUGUGCCAAGCAUCGUCAGACGACCCUCUUACCGGAAAUAUGCUUAUUCCCCCUUAGCCAGGAACACUGGACUUACCCCUUCAGCUAUGACACCUAAUUUCUCCCCAUCACUGUCUUCGCUCACUAUAAGGACCCCCAGUGCCUCACCAGUUGUCUCAGACACUGGAGUUGGGGGGAUCAGACUUGAAUCAGGACCCCUCACUGCUAGUCUUUUAGAGGCAGAAAUACAGGUAUAGCCAAAAAUUUUAAGUGACAUCACUUUCAUUUACGAUUCACCUUUUGAAGAUUUUUUAGGAGACACUGCACAGUUUGGUUGUGAUUUUGCUGAUAUUCAGAUAUAUUCCUGGUAUCAUUUCCAUAAUAGUCUCAUUGUCCACUUGUAGGGUUUUAAGGGGUGAUACAGUAAUACAACACAAUAAUAUCCUAUUGAAGUUAUUGUAGUGGUUUGCAUUCCGGGCAAAAUCGUAACUCACUUCAGUAAAAAUACUAAAUUAAUAUCUGGAAAACCCGGACUGAAACCUGUCUUGCAUUAUAUUCUUGUUAUGUACACGUCUGAAAAAGAGCAGAUGUUCUAGUCAGCAAUUAAUUACCGAAUGUUUUAUUGUAAACCUGUAUAUGAGCAGAAAAUGAAACACUUUGUUAUUGCAGUUGGUUGCAGCUUCUAAAUGGAAACUUUUUCAUGGUUGAUUUAACUUUAAUAACCAAAGAAAGGCAAUAUUUUUCUGCGGUUAGCUAUGUUAGCUGCUUCCUGGAAUAAUAAAAAAUGGUAUUUUGAAUCCAGGCCUUUUUGCCUCCCCUUUUCAUAUAAUCUCUCAAUAAAUCCCAGUGAGAAAAAGAAUACAUUUUAUUCCUUCAAUUUAAUACUUUAAUACUUUUAAGGCUAAAAGAAAGACUGGGUUAGUGCAGCUAUCUCUCAAAACCAAAAUGCAGUUCAGGAAUUCCUCACUGGUAUGAAGUUUAUACAGAUUAUACUGUUUCUGCUGUCUCUAUUCCUGAACCAG